AGAAUGACGUUAAGUGGAGGGCCGCUGCUUGGCCUGGUCUUGCAGCUCAGAGCCGCCCCCGCCCCCGCCCCCGCCCCUGGCCCGGCCCGGCCCAGGGACCCCAGGCCCCGGUAGCUGCAGCCAAAAGCUAGGGGCCCGCCUUCUCCUUUCCAUCCCCGCUUCCCCACCAUCAUCCUGGGACCCCCGUACCAGGCUCCAGAUUCCUGCUCUCAGCCAUCCAUUUCAGGACCCUCAACCCCCAUUCCGGGACUACCUCCUUCUCCUCCCAUCCCUGGAGCCCCCUUUUCCCCCGCCCCUUCUCCAUCGCCUCAUCUCCCCUCACAUCCUGGAAACACGCCUAAAUCCUUGCUCCAUCUCGUCUUUCUCAUUAUGGAGCAGAACAGCGGCCUUUUCCCACUUCAGCACCAAGAACAGCCCCUCUUCCUGCCUUUUUCUCAUCCGCUUUCCCAGGCUCAACCCCUUUACUUGUCCCUCUCUCAGCAGGACUCCCUUCCCCUUUCCCAGCCUCUCUCUCAACCCCGUCCCCUUUCCCAGCCUCAGCCCCUAUCCCUACCUCUUCCCCAGCCUCUUUCGUUACCUUUGAACCAGCCCCUGUUCCUCUCGCAGCCUCUCUCCCCGCCUUUGCCUCUCUCUCAGUCUUUGUCUGUUUCCAAGCCCUUAUCCCUCUCCAAACCUUUAUCCCUCUCCCAGUUUCUGUCCCUUACCCUCUCCCAGCCCCUGCCCCUCUCCCAGCCUUGGCUCUGGUCUGGGCUCCAACUGCCACCUUCACUGUUCUUGCUGCUGCUGCUGCUCUUUGUGCUGUGCCCAGGGGCUGGGGGUCUCUUCCUGACCGAUUACUCCACUUGCUCACCCCGAAAGCUGAGUCCAUUCCGCUCCUUUGCCAGCACUGAACUCUUCCACUUCCACGUUCCUGAGGACACAGUCCUGGCUGUCUGGAACCUCAUCAUCUUCAAAGAGCAGGGAGGCACCUUUGGGGAUCAUUGCCCAGACCAAAGUGUGACUGUGUAUUUCCGCUCAGGAGCACCCCCUGUAAUAAACCCUUUGAAUACACACUUCCCGCCAGACACAGUGGUGCCAGGGGUCUUCUCAUUGACUCUCAGCUGGACGUUGCCCAACCGAACCUCAGGAAUCUUCAAUGUCAGCAGCCCCUUGCCUGGGGAUUGGUUCCUGGCUGCUCACCUUCCCCAAGCCCAUGGACGCAUCUCUGUCAAGGGUCUUCAUGAUGAGUGCCAGUACCUCCUUCAGCCACAGUUGAUUGUCCGUCGAUUGCUUGAUGUUGCUGUCCUCGUUCCUGGUCGUCCCUCAGAGCAAACUCUUUCUUCUCAUAACCAUUCGGCCUUGUACAAGGUCUUUGUCCCCAGUUUCACCUCCAAGGUCUCUGUCCAGCUGAAGUGUGUUGGAAGUCGUGGAGGCUCUGGUUGCCCCCUGAUGAUGCAUCUGCGCCCCAAGGCACCUCCUCUGCACAACUCAACCUCUGUGGCCUGUGGGGAAUUGGCACCAUGUGGGCUAGAGCUGGCCUUGCCUCCUUGGGGGGACUGGGUCUAUGUACGUGUGGAGACACCAAGGGGUCUCCCUGGAACCCUUCGAUUCCAGCUGUGUGUGCAGCUGCAAGAGUGCCCCCAACAUGGUCUGUCUCGAGCCCUGGUACCUGGAGCCGCCAUGAACAUGCCCCAGUCUCUGGGUACUCAGCUGCCCCCCCAGGAGAUACCACCCCUGGGAGCCCCUGAGGAGGGGUCUGGGAGCAUAUCUCCCCCUGACCAUUGCUGGCCAGUGCGUCCAACACUGAGGAACGAGCUCGAUACCUUCUCCGUCCACUUCUACAUCUUCUUCGGCCCCAGUGUGGCCCUCCCGCCAGGUCGUCCAGCUGUGUUUGCCUUGAAGCUCCUGCCUGUGCUGGACAGCGGAGGGGUCCUGACCCUGGAACUGCAGCUCAAUGUGAGCUCAUUACGCCAGGAAAAUGCCACUGUGUUUGGAUGCCUGACUCAUGAGGUGCCUCUGAGCUCAGGCGACUCUUCUGUGACCUGCUCCACAGAGUCCCUGGCUGGCUUCAUUCUCUCUGUCAAUGCUGCCUCUAAAGUCUCCAGACUUCGGAUCCCUUUCCCCCAAACAGGAACCUGGUACCUGACUCUCCGAUCAUUGUGUGGAACAGGCCCAUGGUUCGAACGCUGUAAGAACAUCACUGCUGAGGUCCGUCUCCGGACCUUUCUGUCUCCAUGCAUUGAUGACUGUGGUCCAUAUGGUCAGUGCAAACUGCUGAGGACACAUAAUUACCUGUAUGCAGCUUGUGAGUGCAAGGCUGGUUGGCGUGGCUGGGGCUGCACAGACAGUGCAGAUGCUCUCACUUAUGGAUUCCAACUUUUGUCCACACUGCUACUCUGUCUGAGCAACCUCAUGUUUUUGCCACCUGUGGUUGUGGCUGUCCGAAGUCGAUACGUGCUAGAGGCUGCAGUCUACACCUUUACCAUGUUCUUCUCCACGUUCUACCAUGCAUGUGACCAGCCAGGCAUUGUGGUUUUCUGCAUCAUGGACUAUGAUGUUCUGCAGUUCUGUGACUUCCUGGGUUCCCUCAUGUCUGUGUGGGUCACGGUCAUCGCCAUGGCCCGUCUGCAGCCAGUGGUCAAGCAGGUUCUGUACCUUCUUGGGGCCAUGUUAUUGUCUAUGGCUCUGCAACUUGACCGGCAUGGCCUCUGGAACCUUCUUGGACCCAGUCUUUUUGCCCUUGGGAUCCUGGCUACAGCAUGGACGGUGCGUAGCGUCCGCCGCAGACACUGUUACCCACCCACAUGGCGUCGCUGGUUGUUCUACCUAUGCCCGGGCAGCCUCAUUGCUGGCAGCGCCGUUCUGCUCUAUGCCUUUGUGGAGACAAGGGACAAUUACUUCUACAUCCACAGCAUCUGGCACAUGCUCAUUGCAGGCAGUGUGGGCUUUCUGCUGCCCCCGAGAGCCAAAUCUGAUGGCAAAGUGCCGCCCCUGUCCAGGCCCCGGGGAUGUGGCUACCAGCUAUGCAUCAAUGAGCAGGAGGAGUUGGGCUUGGUGGGCUCAGGUGGCACUUCUAUCAACAGCAUUUGUGCCAGUUGAUGACCCAUCCCCAGGCAUAAAAUCCUUCCUGGGGACAUUGGGUUCACCCUGGAACACUAACUUUUCUUUGGGGACCUGAAGCCUUUCUUGAGAAUAUGGAGCCCAUCCUAACCUGGGGACCCAGAACCCUCUUCGUGGACACAUGUGGCUUUGGGGAUACAGAACUCUCCUUGGGACACGGAGUUUAUCCUUGGGACAUCGGACUCAUCUCGGGGUACCCACUCUUCCCUAUGGAUGAGGUGCCCAAAGACCCCAGAAAUAUGGACCUUUCCAGCAACUGCGGCCAUCUAUUGCUUCCUCCAGGAUUCCUGACUCAGUUGCACAGUGUCUCACCCUUUGAGUGGAUAUGAAAUAUAUAUGGGGUGGGGGAAGAUUUGAGGUGGAGUGGGCUAGACCUGGAGUGGGCCAUGGUGUAUUGCCAAUGAAAUGUGUGCCAGCUCUUCCUUUAGCCAUACUUUUUUUGGAGAGGCAGUGAUAGACCAAGGUUGGGGGUCAGAAGAUAGAAUGUGGAUUAAGAGGCAGAGUUCAAGGGGCACCUUUGCUUCCUUGGACCUGCCAAAUGUUCUUUGAAGAUAGGUUCCUGUGGCUAAAGGGCCCAUCACAAAAACUAGGCAUCCCUUUGGGAAGACAAAGCAAAGGAAGCUCCUCCUCACCCCCACUACACUCAAGAGACCAAUAACCACGAGCACUUCUGGUUACUGGCUCUCGGGCAUAAUGGAGAUGGUGCCCACUAAAUGGAUGGGUACAAAAAUGGUGGCAUAGGGAUGGGUGAGUGGCCACCUGAUUGCCCUUGGAUAGGACGAGUUUAUAAAAUCCCCAAAGGUGUGGAGAUGGAGAGACAGGGAACUUGUUAAUUCAAACUCUAGACCUUGGAAUAAGGCAGAGCACCUCUUUAGGAUUCAAAAGAGAGGUAGGUUUAGGAAAGGAAGCUGAUGUAGCAUGGGCAGGUAGGUGGCUAAGUGGGUAGAGCUCUGGGCCUGGAGUCAGGAAGACCUGAGUUCAAAUUCAGCCUCAGAUACUUCCUAGCUGUGUGACCCUGGGCAAGUCACUUAACCCCAAUGGCCUAGCCCUUGACACUCUUCUGUCUUAGAAUUGAUACUAAAACAGAAGAUAAGGGUUAAAAAAAAAAGAAAGACAUAGUCAAGACUGAAAACCUAAAUUUGCAUAAGGAUGGUUUGGAUAAAUCCUUCAAUGUUACAUCCUUAAUGGGGCAGUCAAAGGAGUUUGGAGAUGCCACUCAUCUGGGAGAUGACAUCAAAGAGAAUGCCUGGCCUUCCCCAAGAUUCCCCUACAUUUCUUCACCAGAGACAAAAUCCUGAGUGGGGACCAAAGGUAGACCCAGAGCACUGAAUUGUGGCUUUGUUAUUUUUUUUGAAGACUUUGGUCUCUGAUUCUGCUCAGCAGUGACACUUUAUCACACAGGACCACAUUCUUUCCAGGGUACUAGAUUAAGCAUUUACUCACUGACACAAGCCUUGACAUUUUCAGCUUUGGCUCAAGUGCCAGAGCAUCCUUUACUUGUAGAAUCCAGGAAAUUCUCACCUACCCUAAUUUUCAACUGCCCUCACUGGGAGCUACCACUAGGAGGAUCUUGGUUUCUAAAACUUGGCCCUUUUCCCUAGGAUCAGAGGUUCUGAGUUGAAAGUGACCUUAUUUUAUAGAUGGGAAAAACUGAGGCCUAGUGAAGUGACUUAACCAAGGGAAUAAGUGAGGAAGCCAAGUUUUGAAACUUCUGCUUUCAUAUCCUUUCCAUUGAACCCAACUGCCUCCUCAAGAUACCCACAAUAAUCUGAAUUUUUGAAAGUCUUUACUGCUAGAAAAAAAAUUAGGGUUUGUAAGAAAAAAGUGAAAAUGGGGGAGAUAUAGAUGCAGAACUUCAAAGGUAACAAAUGAAAAGAUGUCUCUGGUUA